AUGUCAUCAAAUCCUGUCAAGAGGCCAGACUCAUCUGAGAUGAGCCACAUUUCAUCUGAAAAAGCACCAUGGGGACCCAAAAAGAUGGUUGAUGUUGCAAAUAGUGCUGCUGGUUCAGACAAUCACUUACUGUAUGAGCCGAAAAAACUCGAUAAAGUAGCAAAAGCUUAUGUUGAUUCAUCUCAAGAUCCAACAAGUAAACCUGGACAGAAGGAUCCAAAGUCCAGAAGGAAACCAAAUUUGACAAUUGACCCACCAUCUGAUCUCAGAAACUUGGAGCAGCCAGUUGGCAAGUUUGUUUCUAAUUCCAACAGUGCCUAUAAAGGAAUUCCUAGCCCAAGCUAUAAUGGAAUUCCUAGCCCAAGCUGUAAUGGAAUUCCAAGCCCAAGGACACCUAGAAAAUCUGGAUUCCCAAUAACUCCAACAGCAGGGAUAGCUGGAGUAACACCAGCAAGCACAAAGACAAAUGGUGGAAAGAGUACCAGUUCCUUCACCAACCCUAGCCAAGGGAUUGUGAAUGGUUCUCGUAGCAAUAGCUUAGAGGGCUCCAACACACCCCUCAGGCCACACACCGGUGGAGAUGUACGGUGGGAUGCCAUUAACAUAGUUUCCAAAGGUUGCCCUCUAAAUCUUAGCCAUUUUCGGCUUCUCAAGCGCAUUGGUUUUGGAGAUAUUGGGAGUGUUUAUGUUGUCGAGCUUAGAGGAACAAAGACCUAUUUUGCCAUGAAAGUCAUGGACAAGGGCUCUCUUGCGAGUAGAAACAAGCUUUUGCGAGCACAGACAGAAAGGGAGAUACUUGGACUUCUUGACCACCCAUUCUUGCCUACUCUAUAUUCAUACUUUGAGACUGAUAAAUUCUAUUGUUUGAUCAUGGAAUUCUGUAGUGGUGGUAAUCUUCAUUCUCUUCGCCAGAAACAACCCAACAAACACUUCACUGAGGAGGCUGCACGGUUUUAUGCAUCAGAGGUGUUGUUAGCACUUGAGUACCUGCACAUGCUAGGAAUUGUAUACAGGGAUUUGAAGCCUGAAAAUGUACUAGUGAGAGAAGCGGGCCAUAUCAUGCUCUCGGAUUUUGACUUAUCCCUACGUUGCUCCGUGAGUCCUACACUUGUGAAGUCUUCAGCUACCAAUGUAAACAACAUUGGUGUUGCUGGGGGAAUCUUAGAUAAUGAGUUGGUAAUUCAUGGUUGUAUGCAGCCAUCAAAUUUUCUUCCACGCAUUUUACCAAGUAAAAAGAAUAGAAAAUCAAAAUCAGAUUCUGGUUUGUGUGCUGGAGGCUCCCUUCCUGAAUUGAUGGCAGAGCCAACAAAUGUGCGCUCAAUGUCCUUUGUUGGUACACAUGAAUAUCUAGCACCGGAGAUCAUCCGUGGCGAGGGUCAUGGUAGUGCAGUGGAUUGGUGGACAUUUGGCAUCUUCUUGUAUGAGCUAUUGCAUGGGACAACUCCCUUCAAAGGUUCAGGCAAUCGUGCCACACUCUUCAAUGUUGUAGGCCAGCCACUUAGAUUUCCUGAAACUCCACAAGUAAGCAAUGUGGCUCGUGAUCUCAUACGAGGACUUUUGGUAAAAGAACCAAAUAAGCGGAUUGCAUAUAAAAGGGGUGCUACAGAAAUAAAACAACACCCAUUUUUUGAGGGAGUGAACUGGGCCUUGGUGAGAUGUGCAACACCUCCCCACGUUCCUGAUCCUGUAGACUUCUCACAAUAUGCUAGCAAAGAGGCAAUCCCUGCAGAGAAGAAAAUGACAGAAAUUGGAGGAGGUGACAAAAACAGCAAUAGUCCUAAGGAUCCUCCUUAUAUAGAUUUCGAGUACUUUUAGAAAUAAGAGACCCGCCUUCUAAUUUGACGAUUUUAUACAUUUCUGGAGGGAAUUUACAUUGUAUGAAGAGCAGAAACAAACAAAUGAAUCCUAAUUAGACAUAUUUGUUGAUGGUGUACUAAAGAAGACCUCUCUGGAGCAUAACAUUAUUUCAUUGAUUCACAUUUCAGAUGAAGAGGAAUAAAUAUAUUAUAUAUGUAGGGAUGGAAAUCUUCAUUCAAAGGUUUUGUAUUCACUUUUUUUUUUCUUUCCUUCUGGGGGGCGGGUGUUAAUAUUCAAGACUUAAUCAAUAUACUGAAUUGGUUUCCUUGGGUUUCUUGUAAUGAUGUCACUAUAUUUAAGAUGAUUU